AUGAACGAAACCACACGGAAGGAAGUGUUCUUGCGCGAUGAACUCAUCCCGGAUCUGGUUGCCCGGGGAGUGAUCAACUUCACCGACGGCCGGCCGGAGAGCGGGGUGCAGUUGAAGUCGCUGGAGGUUAAGCCACUCGUCGCCAGCGGAUUUAUGCUCACCAUGCCGUUCAAGGUAACCGUCGUGCUGGAGCAGAGCGCGGAUUCUGCAGAGCCGCCAAGCACCGGUCCGAAAACCGAAACGCUACAUCUGGUUGUGAAGAUUACCCCGGAGUGCAAUGACGAAAUGUACCGGAGUUGCCAGUUCGAUACGCUUUUCGAGAACGAAAUGAUCGCUUACACGGAAAUCAUUCCAGCUCUUGCGAAAACAGAGCUAUACCCAAGGUACUACCAUUGCGAACGCAAACCAACGGUAGCAUUAAUGGUAAUGAGCGAUUUUACCUACGCUGGUUGGCAAAUGGCACCAAUGGUUGUCAACCUUCCGCUGGAUUACAUUUUGCUGGCAGUGAAGGAACUUGGACGAUUCCACGGCGAAUGCUAUGGGAUGAAGGAGACCCGCCGUGAGCAGUUUAACGAAAUCGUUACAAAAUUUAAGGAAUCUCGUUACGCGGCCGACUGUGAUGCCACGUGGGCAGCAAUGAUGUCCGUUACAACGAAGCGUGCGAUCAAAUCGCUGAAGGAAAGCCAAUUCCGGGAGCUGGUACCGGAGGAGUACCUGGAAAAGCUGGCCCUCCUCGUCGCCGACGGCUGGGAGCAUUCGAAGCGUAAGGUACCGCCGAAGGAACCGCUCGCCGUCAUUUGCCAUGGUGAUUACCUGCGCAACAACAUGGCGUUCCGCUAUGAAGAUGCCAAGGAUCCCGCCAGACCCACCCAAGUGAUGAUGUUUGACUUUCAAACCCUGCGUUACGCAUCGCCGAUGAUCGAUUACACCUCCUUCCUGGCCAACUCGACCGGGUACGACGUGCGGAAGGACCAUUUCGAGACCAUUUUCCAAACCUACCACCAGGAGCUGGCCCAAACGGUGGCCCGCAUUGUCGGCGUGAAGGAUCCGGUCGAACUGCCUCCGUACUUCAGCUACGAAUCGUUCCACCGAGAGCUGGCGGAAUACUACUCGUACGGUUUCAAUAUUGCAACCUCGUUCCUGAUGGUGCUGCACGAACCGAUGGAGAUGUCCUUCACCGAGCCGAUGCUCUCCGAGGAGGAAGCGAUGGCGGACGCCUGGGUCCGCGGCGGGGAACCACUUAAUCGGGAGCUGGCAGCGAUGAUCUACGAGAUGUAUCAGCUUCACACGAAGUACGGUCUCGAACCGGUGUAAUUGUUUGAAAUUGAGAUACCACACGACGUUUGUUUUGCGAAAAGAUUCUGUGACGGGUAUUUUAAGAGAUUCAACAGAUGUCCUGUUUAUGGGACGAGUAAAAAUUGUUCCGAAAAAGGAAACAUUUGUGCAUUUCAUUUUACACACAAUAAUCACGGGAACGAUAGGUUGGCGAAGGGAUGGCGAUGUACGCUGGUAAGGUAAAUUGCACCUGAAUUUUGGAGCAAUAUUAUAUGUAUUUAAACUUGUAGCAAUCAAGCAAAUAUCUAAAUGCGUUCGUCAACGAAUGUUGAAAGAAUUGGUAAUAUAAAACGUUCACAAUUGGGGAUAAGAUACACAACACAUGUGGCUGACCAAGCAAAAUCAACUAAAAAUUGUACACAUUUUGCUGCCAUAAACUACAAACUAUCUGAAAAAUAGAGAAAAUGUAUUAUGUAGGGUAUUUUAUGAAAAUUCUCACGAUGUUUAAAACUGUGGAAUAGUAAUCACUCUUCAAACGUAACCU